CGUGGGCAACGCCCGGGGGCCCACGCCGGCGGCGACGGCCGGGGAAGAGGGAGGAGGAGGACUAGGGGAGGCGGCGGCUAGGGUUCGCCCGUCGCCCGCGGGGGGGCGAGCGAGCAAAGUUAGGCUAAUGAGACUUUGGAUGAGAUUCCUGAAAUGUUAGCAAAGUUAAGGGAAUGAGACUCAUCAGUGCGUUGCGUUCGAUGUAGACAUGCUUAUUAUACAUGGCUGUGAAUUAACUAGGACAAAUUUGCAUGCAUCUCACAUUCUCACGUGCUAAGUAGCUAGUAUAGAUGACAUCCAAUACUACCGGUGUACACACAAUCUUAAUAGCUACAUCUACAUGGUUCCUCUUCAUCCUCCUCCUCCUCUUCCGUCGUCGAUUGGUUGAUCAUCGCCGCCAACGGCCACACCCGGAUACAACUCAUAACCGCGUCACCGAUCGACGAGUUGCACACGCCCCUAAACAACGCCACCAUUUUCACACUAUGCCUCCGUAAGUGGCUCAUCCUCGCCAUCAGCAGAACUAUGGGAGGUUGAAGAUGUCGGUCGAGGUGAUGCGUCGCUUGCUCUCUACCGCAAGAUCGUCCUUUUUUAUUCCUCCCCCGAACCCCGCCGCCAUAUUGUUCAGGGUUACCAUGUCCAUGCCACGUCCUUCUUCAUGGGCGAAAUUGUGUGUAGAUUCGCAACACCCUUGCAGAAUGACAUCAUCGAGUACAAAGUCUACUAUAAAUUGAUGUGUACUCUUUGUGAAUGAAAAAAGCAUAGCAUGAUUUAGACGUGCCUAAAAGAGCUACAUGCAUUUGAUUUUAUUGAUUUGGUAGGCAUCAUGAAUUCAUGAUGUCUCUAUGCAUGUGAGAAGCUACAUGCAAUGCAAGUAAUUUUCUUUUGAGAAUAAUCCAUUUACACAAACAAGUACUCAAGUCUGUGAUCCAAACCUACAGCAAACCGAUGCCCGGGAUUAGGGAUGCUCCAUGUCAUGGAUCAGUGAUGUGAUGUGAUGUGAACUUGUCAAGUUUAACAAAGAACAUGCGACGCGAUGUAAACAAGGAGGAUCGGAGGCCAAGCGAGCCAAGGUGCAGGGACGGACGGAGCUGCAUCCGUCGUCCCGUCUGUUGGGUAUUCCUCGAAAUUUGUUUUGUUUCUCCAUGCAUAUAUAGCUUGAAUUUAAGCUGUUUUCUUGGAGCUGAAUAUAAUAUGAGACGUAUUUCAGAAAUUAUGAAAUUAAUUAUUUUUGGAUUUUCUGGUUCAAAUUUCACGAGGCUUAAACUCUGUUUCAUAAGCAUGGACUAAUGAUAGUUCACGUUGGUGUAUACAACAUUACUGGCUGGAGAGUAUGGAACGUGGGAGAAGAAAAGAAAAUCUAGAUAAGUUAUCGGAGAUCGAUAAGAUAGGAGGUUGAUGCAUAUGGUAGAUUGGUAGGGCUUGACCGGGAAAAGAAAUCCACUAGGGUAGUACACUUGUUAAAAAAAAGAGUAGUACACUUUUAUACGAUAUACUGCUGUUGAGCAAUGUCUAAUUUUGCACCGACGGAAAAUCAGCCAUGGAUUUAAUUUCGAUAAUGCUACACCUACGGAGGUUUACGGAAACUUACGCGCUGACUUGGACGGAAUCGCACGUGGCCGUGAGAAAAAAAAACAGGAUACGCGAGAAUUUUGCAACCAAACAUGACGCCCCGCUAAUUUUGCAACAAAAGGCUGAAGCUGCCCCAUAGCGUUCUGCUUUUGAUUCAGAUCGACCACGCCCAGGUUCCUCCAUCGCGCCGCCGCGAACGGCCGGGCCAGUUCACCAUCUUCGUCAACCCCCAGCAGGCCACGCCAUGGUGCUGUUGAGGGAUGCCAGACGUGGAUCCUACUAACACGGCAGCGAACUACACCUAGCUGUUGGGCGAUCUUUCUACGGCAGAGAAACAGGUUGAGAUCAAACCCAGAUUAGCUUUCCUCAUCCUUGACCAUCUGCAUCAAAUAUCUCGUUAUCAGAGAUAUCAGUACAAGCCAUCAUUCCUAUCUGUUUCCAUAGAUUGCAAUGCACGAUCCAUAGAUUGCAAUGCACGAUGUACUGCCUGAAACUGCAAAUAUGUACUGUAUGGAGGUAGUGUAGUCUAUUUAGUUUAGCAAGUACUUAUACAUGUUUUAGGGGAUAAUGAUCACAAUGCACACAAGUAGUAGUCCAUUACCUCCAGCCGCAGUAGGAGUGUUCAGUUGUUGAGUUGGUCUCUGACUAUACUGUAUAUUGUUUGUUUCAUGUACUUGUUGCAUUUAUAUUUAGUUAACAUGGCAUUAUUUAGCUCAGUAAGAUACCUUAUAUACUUGAUCAUAUUUCCUUUCAAAUAGAAAUGCUUUAUAAUGAUUUACAGAAAUGGGUGAUGAGGCUGGUUGUGUUCAAGAAUCAAGUGACAUGUCUAUUUCAAGCGAUGACGAUGGCAUCGAGCAACAAAAGAAAAGCAGCGUGGAACUUGAAGAGAACCAUGGUGCAUCCGAAGAAGAUGUGUUACUUGAAGAUCCUGAAUUGGGGAUGACAUUUGAUACUGAGAAUGAUGUGAGGGAGUACUAUAAAAAUUAUGCUAAGGCAAAAGGGUUUGGUGUGACAAGAAGAAGCUCAAAUAGAGAUGAGAAGGGAGAAUUAAGGUACCUUACACUUUGUUGCUCUCGUUAUGGGAAGACGGAGUCCAACUCAAAAAAUAUGUUGAAGCCAAAUCCAACAGCUGCGUUAGGAUGUAAAGCUAAAGUUAAUAUUGUUCGUGGUCCGAAUGGGAAGUUUCAUCUUUCGACAGUCAUUUUGGAUCAUAAUCAUAUAUUAAGUCCGCAUAAAUCUCGGUUAUUUAGAUGCAACAAAAGGUUGGACUUGCAUGUGAAGCGGAAGCUUGAGUUGAAUGACCAGGCUGGAAUACGAGUAAACAAGAACUUCAAUUCUCUUGUUGUGGCAGCGAAUGGUCAUGAAAAUAUGACUUUUGGUGAGAAAGAAUGCCGCAAUUAUCUAGAGAAAACAAGAAGGUUGAAACUUGGAAGUGGUGAUGCAGAGGCCGUUCGUGACUAUUUUAUGAAAAUGCAAUCAGAUAAUCCAAACUUCUUUGAGAAAUAAAAGAUCCAAUACAAAACGAAAAUUAUUGGAGAAUGACAAUCUACAACAAGACGAGAUGGAAAAUGAGGAAUCUUUUGACUUGGGAAAUAGUUCUGGCAGCAUAAAUCCAACUAUUAGAACUCCACUCCCAUAUGGAACAUUUGAGGGGUCAUUUAACUUGGGAAUUACUACCGGCGACAUGAAUGCAACCAUGCAAGCUGCAGUACCAUAUGGAGCAAUUCAGGAAUCGUUUGAAUUACUACCUGGAGGUUCAUCGGCUGGUGAUAUGCCCCCGAUUCUAGGGAAAUAUACAAGCAUGUUGUUUCAAGUUCAGCAAAACUCUGCUGCUAUAUCCAGAUCACCACAAUUACACUUUAAUGGAAUCAGAGAGCCCAAUGAUGCAAUGGAUCAGAGUUAGACAUGACUUGUGCAGUUUAAAGAUGUUGGAUGCAUACCUUAUAUUUUUCUAUGUACUUCAUAUUUUAAUGUAAUGGCUAAUAGGCAGAGGGUAGUACAAGUUUUAGCAUACAAAGCUACCAACAACAUUAGCUUCCAGAAACUCUCUGGCCUGUACCACUCAAUCUCCUGUACAUUGGAAUUGAACUCAUUUUUAUUCUCCGAACAUAGUUCCUGCCAUUUA